GACAAACAAAGCACUAUUGGUGUCCUCUGCAAGGGAGCACUGAUAGGGGGCUGGCUGUAAAUUGACGUGGCAUGGAAAAUCUCUGCUAGUUUGUAGCAGCUCUAACAUCGCUGCAGAAUCAAGCAGACUCUUACCAAGUUUGUCGCUUGAAAUCACCACGGGCUUACUGUUUCUGUGGAAAAAAAUGAAUGGAAAGUACCUUCGCCUUUUGAUUUGGGAACCAGACUUUUUCUGUAUUUGGAUUUACAGUUAAUAGAAAACAAAAUCAAGGGGAAUUAUUCAGUUCCUUUUUUUUCCCCUGUAGUGGGAGCAACAGAUCUUGCUGCUCCCCCCACCUCUUCCUGUGAUUUAAUCAUUUGCAGAUCUUGCCAUGGGGUGCGGACUGAGAAAGCUGGAAGACCCAGAUGAUAGCAGCCCUGGAAAAAUCUUUUCUACACUGAAGAGACCACAAGUUGAAACAAAGACUGAUUCUGCCUAUGAAUACGUAUUGCUGGAUUUUGCUUUAGAAGCUUCUUCAAAUCCAGAAGUUAUCAAGAUUGGUUCUGUGUUGGAUAUAGCAUCUAAGGUGGAAGAAUAUUACAACAAGGGAUAUGUUGCAGGAGCUGUUCAUCCUAUUAUACUGCCAAUUGGACGUAGAAGGAGUUUCCCUGCAAGUCACAUGUAUCGAGUGGUACUUUCACGAUUAAAAUUAAGCCAGAAGCAUGCAACACCCAGAGCACAAAGGCACCCCAGGCUGGUGAUUGAGGAAUGUCCUUUAAUGUAUGAAACACUGACAAAUGAGGUGGUGAAAGAACUGCUAGAUAAGGUUAAUGAAGCUGCUAAAAGAGGAAAGAAGUUUGUUGGAUUUGUAACACAACAUUUUCCCCAGCCUAAAUCCUGUAAUGGAACAAGCACGGAUGGAAGUGCAGAGCUGGAAUCAACACUGAGCAGAAGAAAUAGGGAACACGGCAGAAAAAAUUCUGAUGAUUACAAAAACUGGAAUGAAGGGACAUUGAGUGGUCACUCAUCUGAGAGUGGGAUAGAAGAGGAAAUGCAAGGAGAAAGCUGUCUCUUACAGGAUGCAGAUUUCCAGUUUGGGAAAGAAGUCAGCCCUGUUAAACAACGAAAAGGAGAAGACAAGCUGUAUACAGUCUUCAAUGUUUUUGAUGAUGAUUCUACCUGCUGGACCUAUCAUGAAGGCGUUUUGUCAAUGAAAGUAACAAGAAAGGGGCCAGUUAUUAGUACACUGGAAGCAGACUGGCUAGAAUUAACCACAUUUUAUUAUAAACAAGGAUUGUCCUUAAUUGAUUCAUUUGUACACUGGGAAACUUCUAAAGGGGACUAUUUGCCCAAAUCUUUAGAGGGAUUAUUUAUCUAUGAAGAAGAAGGUGCUGGGGUUCCAGGCUCCAACAGGAAAGGAAAUGAUGCGAUAGUUGUUGAACAAUGGACAGUCAUUGAGGGGUGUGAAAUUAAAACAGAUUAUGGACCUUUAUUGCACACACUGGCUGAGUUUGGAUGGCUCCUGACCUGUGUCCUGCCUACACCUAUUGUGCGACAUGACAGUGAAGGAAAUCUGGCCACAAAGCAAGUGGUUUUUCUUCAGAGACCUGUUAUGUGGAAUUCUGCUGUCCAGACACCAGAGAGGAAAUCCUUAAGGCAGGUUAUUGGGGAGGAAAAAGGCAAAGUCUCUAGCAGAAGUGUUGGCUUGGACACAGCUACUUCUCGGCCUGUAGAAGCUGGACAACCUCCUGAUGAGUUUCACUUAUCUUCUUCUAAACAAUGUUGGAUCAAGGAGGGAUCCCCCCAGUAUGGAGGCUUUCCAGGCUUCAGCAGCAGUGAUGGAGUAUUAAGGGAACUGGAUGAUGGACAGUUUGACCAGGAAGAUGGAGUCACUCAGGUCACAUGUAUGUGAUGAAGUAAGUAACGGCAUCAGAUGGACGUGUACAUAAUUCACACAAAUGUUUUUUAAAAAACCCACACUACUUUAAAUGCAUUGGUAUAAUCCUAUGACUUUUCCCAGACUCGCUUUGUAUUUUUGUCUGUCGCUUUGUGUUAAUCCUACUGUAGCAAUAAUUCUACUGCAAAAUAAUUGGGUUUUCUCUCUCGUUAAU